AUGUUCAAAGGCCCCGUGGGAAUCCAAUCACUUUUGAAGGACGGCACUCAGAGCUACGCCGGAGUUGAUGAGGCCCUGCUGAAGAAUAUGGAGGCCAGCAAAUACGUCUCUGAGAUAACCAAGACUUCUCUAGGGCCUUGCGGUACCAACAAACUGAUUGUCAACCAUAUCAACAAACACUUUGUAACCAGCGACACUGCUACUAUGCUUAAGGAGCUCGACAUAUUCCAUCCGGCAGCUAAGCUAGUGGUGAUGGCUGUCCAGGCUCAGGAGCAGGAGUGUGGCGACGCUACUAAUUUGGUAUCGAUUAUCAUUGGAGAACUGCUUGAAAACGCCGAACAGCUGUUGAAGCAAGGCAUUCAUGCUUCGGAUAUCAUUCGUGGAUACGAGAUGGCCGGUGACCGUGUGGUUAAGUACCUUAACGAUAACGAUGAUUUGGUUGCAUAUACCCUAGGGGAUGUCAAGAGCGUGGACCAGAUCAGUACCGCCAUCAAGUCUGUCUUGGGAGCAAAACAAUAUGGCCUUGAGGACACUUUGACUCGCCUCGUUGCAACGGCAUGCUGCUCGGUUAUGCCUGAGGACCCCAAGAAGUUUGACAUCGAUAACAUCAGA